AUGGAAGUCAAUGGUGAACCAGAUUUAGCUGGUAUUUUCAGCGCGGCUUUAAUGCCAUUGAAAGAUAUGAAACAUGCAGAUAUUUUGGACCAGUAUGAAAUGAACAUGGCUGAUGGAAAUAUAACACCUGACGUUCUAGAACAUUUAUCUCAAAGAACUACACAGAACCAUAAAGAUGGUAUAUUUGGUGAAGAGUUUAGAAAGAAAGUUAGGGAGACAGAAGGAAGAGAACCUAUUGUACAUGACCUUGCAAACGAAAGUUUACAAAAUGUCAUAAAAACUUACUUUGCAGACAAUGAACCGAGAAGGGAUGAAUAUUUAAGUAAACUCAAAUGGACAGUACCAAAUGAAAUGUUAGUAUUGAAAAACAUGUUCCUUGACAAAAGGUAA